AUGGCGUUCAAAGGGGUUCCAUCCGAACACGUAUCCGCUGAAUUGUACUCUCAAGAGUUCGACGAAUUUGAGGGGGAAACCUUAGAAUUAGAGAAAAAUAAUACGGACCUAGAGCUAAUUGCGAAGAAAGACGAAUUAAGCGUUAGAGAGAAUGAAUUAAAUCAGCAAAUCGAAUUGUUUAGGGAGCAGCAGCUGCAACUCCAACAACAACAGCAGCAGCUACAGCAACAACAACUUCAGUACCAACAACAGCAGGAGCAGCUACAGCUACAGCAACAACAGCAACAGGCAUUGGUGGAGGCGACGAGGCAGCAAAAGGUCGAGCUAGUCCGAGAAGAUCCCGUCGAUGCGGGGUUCUCCUCGGUUGAAAAUGUCCCGCCCCCUCGCGGUGCCGACGAGCGACAGGUUAAUCAACGUGAAAGAAAGCUAACGGAUGCUCAAAAGGCCGAACUUCAGCGCCGACGGGAGCGGGAGCGCGCCCUACAUCAUCAAAAUGCCGAUGAGGAAGAGGACGUUCACUAUCUUUUCCAGCGCCUAUCACAGGACGUUAGGGAGGUUUUUCACGAACUUUGUCUUUCUGUCAUUGCAGCUGAGAAAGAGCGUCUCCUUAGGGACGAGCGGUAUCGAAAGGAGAAGGAGGCGCGGGAUCGACGAGAAGAGCAGGAGCACAUGGAAAGACUAUUGCGAGAGGUCACCGAGCGUGAAGAGCGCGAGGCGAAGUUUUGGACUAGGGCCGAGAGAAGCGAGCAAGAAUUUCGAGUCCUAAUAGAAGAUCGCCUAAAAAAGGACGAGAUGGAGCGCGAGGCGAGACUUAAAAGGGACUUACAGGAUAGCGCGGAGCGUAUGCGAAAGGAUCAGGAGUUAAGAAGCGAACUAGAGAAACUGGAGCGUGAGAGGCGCUCCCAAGUCACUGCGGAAGCACAAAAACAGGAUAAUUCAUUUAUCCAAAGCCAGAUAGAAAAUAUUAAGUCUCAGUAUGCGGUUCAACUGGAGGAUAUUCGAAAACAAAACGAGCACCACCAUGCAAGCCUUGAGGAGUUUCACCGCACUGAGUUUGAAAUGAUCCAAAAGCGGUAUGAUGUGGACUCUCAGCAGCUUUUGAAUCAGCAUGCCAAGCAGCUUGCGCUGGCGGAGACGCACUUCGGGAAGGUUGACAGGUUAGAGAGGGUCUUGGGAAAUCUUCAUUCGGAGAUCGAGGCGUCCAAAAAACUAAGCGAAACACUCACGGAAGAGCGCUUGAAUACCCUUCAAGGUAAGGAGCGUAUGCUUGGAGAGCAAAGUUCUCUUUUACAGGCGAUGAUGGACGAUCUUAAAGACAGUAAGCAACAGCUGGAAAAGGAACGAGCCCGUGUUUCUGCACUGUAUGCCAAAUUCGAGCUUCUGCUCGGAAACUUCACGAAAAAUUCUGAAGAUGAUCGCCGGCAGCUCCACGAGACCCAGACCCGACUGGAGACACUUCGCCAGCAAACGGAUAAAGACCGCCGAUUAAUGCUUAGUGAGGUCUUUCAGGAACGUAAGGUGCUUGAACAGCAAACGGAUGAGUUCUUUUCCCGUAAAAUGGAGGCUAUGGGCGAAUUGCAGGCAGAGCGUUUGGCGAUUUCCCGGGAACGGACUGAGGCAGCGGUCGCGCGCGAACGCCAUAAUCGCAAUGAAACGGAGUUGCUUAAGUCCUUACAUUCCCGCGAGGAGGAAUAUGCGCUUAAGAUUGAGGCCAUCGAUGCGGACCGCUUAGCUAUCACUCAAAUGAAAUUGGACGCAAAACAAGCCUCGGAAAGGAUUGCCGCUGAUCGGGAAGCGAUGGCAAAAGAGCGAGAACUAUUCGAGUUGGAGAAACAAGAGCUUCUUGGUCGUUUUGAUCAGAUACGGCGCCGCGCGCACGAGGCCGCGAGCGUGCAAGAAAAGAUGCGCAUGGCUUUAGUUCAGGAACGCGCAACGGCAGAAUAUGGUAUUGAACCCGCCCAGUCGAAGCUUUCGGAGCUGCAGCCAAAGCCCACUCAGCAUACCGACCCCAGUUCAAUAGCCGUUACCAUGACGAACCUUCAGAUUAAUUUAGCGCAUCAACGGGCGAUACUGGGAAAAAUGGCGACGUAA